UUCCAUAUCAAAAUCCCAAACCUUAACCUUAUUAUAUAUUCACACAACUUAUAACAUAACACCUCAAUUCACUCACAAUAAACUUGAAGGACAUAACAAUAUCCAUUCAUUCUUACACCAGCUAACAGGAAGUUUUAUUCACAACUAACAUUAAAUUCUCUACUAUGGGUGUAGCCUCACGCACAUUAGAAAUCACGGUUAUAUCCGGCGAAAAUAUUCAUGUAACCGAAGAUGCAUACGUUGUCGUUCGAGGUGAGUCUCUUAAUUGUUACACAACGAAGACGCUGAAAGAUAACAACGAUAAUUGUGGAAAAAAUUCGAGUUUCCUUUCAUGGAAUGAAAAGUUUUUGUUGAACAUGCCAUUGCAUGCAAGGUCAAUUACGUUUGAGGUGCAAUGCAAGAAGUUUAAAAGUGUUCGUCCUAUUGGGGUAGCAAGAAUUGGCGUUUCGGAUUUUCUCAAUGGCGCCGUGCCGGAAAAUUGUUCGCAAAUUUUGAGUUAUAAAUUGAGGGAUUGGGAAGGGAGGCAAAAUGGAGUUAUUCAUUUCAGUGUGAGGGUGGUUGUGCCGGAGGAAAGAUCAGUUACCGUGGCGGAGAAGCAAACGGUGAUGCAUGGAAAGAAUUGUGGUGGCCGGUUAACUGGAAUGGAUGUUGGUGUCAAGAACUGUAAUGGUGUUGCUAUUGGUUUUCCCUUUUGGUGGAAUUACCCUAACAUUAUUUAAGAUUUGUAUUUUUUACAUUAUUUAAUUUUUUUGCAUGCUUGUCAAAGAUUGAUAAAGUCAAUUUUUGAAUGGGGGCAUACAAUACUAUUGUACUAUUUCAUUUCUCAAGUUUUAAUUUCUUGAAAAUACCAACAUUAUUAACAUAGAGUUACUUA